AUGCCGAGUUCCCUGAAGGCACAGGAAGAGGCCAUGCAGCUCCUGGUAGGCAAGUACAAGGUCCUGCCGGCCGCGUGCCGGGACUCCGCGGGAAACAAUGCCCUCCAUUUGUGCAGCCGCUCAGGCAACCACACCAUGGCUGGACUCCUCCUGGAGCAGUGGGGCGGCAGCGUCGCCGACGCCCUGACGCAGCUGAAUGCUCAGGGACAGACCCCCCGAGAGAUUGCCAGCAUCCAAAAUUUCGGCAGAAUUCUGCGAAGCUUCAACGCCCAUUGUGCCCGGCAUGAGAUUAAAAUCUUUGAAGGGCAUGUAGGCAAGCCUCGUGCCGCCUCAAGCGGCCUGACGUGCUUCCCUUUCAACGUCUGCUGCAUAGCAGCUUCGAGCGAAGCACUCGAGUUUCAAUUUUAG